CAAAAACAAAUUUAUAGGUAGGACAGACCGACAGAGCAACUCAACACUGUCAUCUGUUGGGGAGUUUCAAAGCUGGACUGGGCCGGCAUUCACCAAUCUCUUUAUACGGAAUCACCACUCUCCAUCUUAGGUAUCCGGCCGGUGCAGUUCAGGUACGACAAUGGCGUCCCUCAAGCUCAAGCUCAGCAACCGAUCUCCCAAGCAGCCCAUCAAGAACCUGCCGGCUUCGAUCGAGCUCCCCCACGAUGCUACCGUUGAGGAUGCCAAGAUUGCGAUUGCCCGCCAGAUCGGCUUCAGCGACUUCAACCGUGUCGGUCUCUACGGCCCCUCGGCUAGGUCGACUCUGAAGAACCGCAAGGCACUGAUCCGCGACGAGACCGAGGUCAUCUCGGCCGGCGAGCUCGUCGUCAAGGACUUGGGUCCCCAAAUGGCCUGGCGCACUGUCUACGUCAUCGAGUACUUUGGCCCCCUUCUCUUCCACGCCGUCGUGCCCCUGGUCCGUCCGUACAUCUACCGCAUCCCGCCCUUCGUCUACAAGAACGAGGCCGAGACGCCCAUCCGGCAGGUGCAAUGGCUGCUGCUUGUGCUGUUCUUCGUCCACUUCCUGAAGCGGGAGUAUGAGACCAUCUUUGUCCACAGGUUCUCGGCCAACACCAUGCCCGCCUGGAACAUCUUCCGCAACUCGGCUUUCUACUGGCUCAUGUCCGGCCUGAUCUGCGCUCUGGACAUCUAUGCCCCGGGCAGCCUAUCAGACCGUGACGAGCUCGGGCUUCUCGACUACGUGGGACUGGCCAUGUUUGCGAUUGGCGAGACGUGCAACUGGAUCGUCCACCAGCACCUCGCGACUCUGCGGAAGCCCGGCGGCACGGAGAAGGGCAUCCCUAACUGCAUUGGCAGCAGCCUCGUCACCAGCCCCAACUACAUGUUCGAGGUGCUCGCUUGGGUCGGCGUCAUCCUGAUCAGCCGCAGCUGGGCCGUGGUGGCUUUCAUUUGCACGGGCAUUCUGUACAUGCGUAGCUGGUCGCGGGGCAAGGAGAAGGCGUUGCGCAAGGAGUUUGGCGACCGGUACAAGAAGAAGCGGUACACGAUGCUGCCGGGCCUUAUUUGAGUUUGGUUGCUCUGUGAUGCUUGGGCAGCGUGUAAUGAGAAGGAGAAGCGCCGGUGCGCUCUCCGUAGGUUGGUCGAGGUCCUGCCCGUGUUUGUUAUGCCUUUAAGCAGGCUGUAUAACUAUGCAAGCUUUCCGAAUCGAGCGUUGACUUUACCUCAUGAC